AAGCUCGUUGCUGCUGCCUGAGAUUAUCUCGUGAGUUCGUGUCAUUGACGCGCUCGAUUAUUCUAUUUUGAGAUGUCGCGUUGGCCCUUUUCGAAAGCUCGGAGGGUAUUUAUACUAUGGAGUUGUCUUUGAUUGAAGUCCUCAAUCUCAAGUCAUCCUCACUCAAUUAAACCUCAAAACUACAAUACUUCUUUCCUCUUUUAUAUCUUCCAUCAAUAAAAUACGCCCUCAACAGCAGAAAUGUCUUUCCCUCAGUUCACUGCUUUUCCACCAGAGAUGCAUUCUCUCAUUCUGGAUUCAUGCACACCGAAUGACCUUGUUUGCCUUCGUUUGACUUGCAAGUACCUCUAUGAUCUCGCUCCCUCAAAGAAAGAGCCAAUCUCGCUCGAGAGCACAGACACUGGUCCACUCUGCCAAUGCAAAGACGCGACUAAAGAUUGGCAAUCCCGCUGGACGCAUCGACGAGACUGUCAUAAAUUAUCAUAUGAAGCAGCACACAAGCGGAAUCAGGCACUUGGGCGAUCGACUCCAGAAAUGAAGGCAAAGUGCAGGACAAGCUACGGAUCAGAUCAUUGUGAAUGCUUUACAAGAAGAUCUCGACUACACUUUCGGCUGAAGUCUUGGAUGCCUAGCGGCAUGAACUAUUGUGGACAUUGUGAGAGGUUCACUGUCAGGAAACGAGGACACAAUGGAAGAUGUUACCAUGGAAGUCCAAAGCCUAGAAAAUUCGAAGGCCAUUAUUGGACGCAUACCUCAAGAGGAGGCGCUUUUGGACGAAAGAUCUGGAAGAAGUGGUUCAACAAUCGUGCAAUGAACAGGCUUGAAACCAGAUUACAGAAGCAGAUUCUGGUCGACGAAAGAAAAGGAAGUGAUCGAUACUCAUUGCGACAAUUGGAAGCGAAGACGGUGGAUACCAGAGUCGACCGAGACAAUAAAUCAUCGACUCGGUAUGGGUACCCGUACUGAAUUGUGGAUACCGACGGAUGAAUUUGGAUUUGAUGAUUUUACGACUUACGGCCGCUUGAAUGGAAUGUACAAAGAAUGAAUGGCGUUUCUAGCAUGUAUAGCGUCAUCUUGCGGGAAUCUCGUGUCCAGUCCCGAGAUUUUCAGUGGUCUUCAGAACAUCAAGAGUGGAAAGAUUCGAUCAGAUUAUUUUGCAGCUAGGUUUAUCGG